AUGUCGGCGUCGCUCGGAAAACGAAAAGAACGAGACGAGAAAGAUGCUUUCAAGCAACACGGAUCCACACUAUUUGUAUCCAAUCUACCCUACACAGCAACUUCCACCGAUCUGCAAACACUUUUUUCGGAUAUCGCACCUGUACGGAGCGCUUUUGUUGUCACAGAAUCCGGGACAGGUGUAUCCAAAGGCGUAGGCUAUGUAUCGUUUUCUAUCAAAGAAGAUGCUGAAGCUGCGUUCGAUAAAAUAUCCACGGAUGGAUUGAACCUCGUUGGACGGAGUCUUCGUGUUCAGUGGGCUGAUAGCAAACCUAAAGAAAAAGGCGAAAAAGGCGAACAAGUGAAGAAGGAAACGAAACCUAUACCUCCACCUAGACCGAGUUAUCCUAAAGCUACUCAUGACCCUCUCGCGAUCCGUACAAUUGUCGUAUCAGGAAUUCCUGCGGAAAUAGACACGAAAGUCCUCUGGAAAAAGUUUAGAAAAUGUGAAGGAGCGGAGAAGGUUGAUUGGCCGGUGAGCCAUUCUUCGGAACAGGCUGAUACAGCUCAUGUUGUGUUUGCUACUCCCCAAAACGCACUCGAAGCUGUCACUAAACUUCACGCACACGUAUUCAAAGGGAAUCUACUCUCGGUCGAACUCAAGAAACGGUUGGAUAACUUGACCAAAUCUAUGGUCAAUCCAAACCAGGCCUCCACCACAUCCACCGCUGCUGCUCCUACUCGUGCAGCACGAUUGAUUGUGAGGAAUAUUCCAUUCAAUACCUCACAGCAGGACCUUCGUGCCUUGUUCCUUCCUUACGGCCCUAUCUACUCUAUACACAUUCCUCUCGAAACCAAAACCGACGACGCCAACGUUGCCAACGACGGAGAGGAGCCGUCUCAAAAAUCGAAUUCUCAACCGAGGUCACAAUCCCGAACCCGAGGAUUCGCGUUCGUAUGGAUGAAUAGUAAAAAGGACGCGGAACGGGCCAUGGAAGGAUGUAAUGGAACUGUACUACGUGCAGGGAUGGCGGAGAAUAUGAUUAGCGAUAAACAGAAGAGGAAGAAGCAGAGGCGGGUGGAGAAAAAGAUGAAGGAAAGGAUGAAGAAAGGAAUUGUUGGGGAAGAGAAAGACGAGGAUGAAGGGGAAGAGUCCGACCAAGAAGAAGAUAAUGAGCACAGCUUGGAUGAGAGAAUCAUCGCUGUCGAUUGGGCACUCAGUAAAGACAAGUGGGAGGAGGAAAAAGCCAAACUUGGCAAGGCGGAUGACGACGGUGACCAAAUGGAAGACGAUGCAGCUUCGGGUAGCGGGAGCAGCUCGGAUUCGUCUAGCGGUACUGGUUCGGAAGAUGAAGAUGGUAUCGGGCUUCACGACGACGGGGACGAGUCGGGAUCGGAUUACAGCGGUGACGAUGAUAACAAAAGCGAUGGAGAGGAGGAGGUUCCCGUUAAACCAGAACUGCCUGCCCCUGAAGCUGGUACUACGCUGUUUGUUCGGAACGUGCCCUUUACUGCAACCGAAGAUGAACUCAGAACGCUAUUCCGAGCGUUCGGACCUCUUCGUUAUGCUCGAAUAACCAUGGAUCCCGAAACAGGACGUUCUCGAGGAACUGGGUUUGCUUGCUUCUGGAACAAGGAGGACGCGGAUAAAGUCGUUGCUCAGAGUGAUUUGUUGCGAGCAGAAACCGGUUCCAACGAGACCCCAAAACAAAAUCCAUUCAAACUUCCCUCUAUACUUACUCCGGACCCCUCCUCGAGUUUGGCCCGCAGCCUCGUCUUACAAGGUCGAACUCUCGACGUCGUACGGGCCGUCACCCGCGAUCAAGCGGGAAAACUAAAAGAAGAGGGUGAAAGACGGAGAGAGAAAGCAGACAAAAGGAACAUGUAUCUUUUACGCGAAGGAGUUAUUCUACCAAACUCCCCAGCAGCAACCCUCCUUUCUCCUGCAGACCUCGAACGGCGUUCGUCUUCUUUCACUGCUAGGAAAAACCUUCUCAAAACAAAUCCUUCAUUAUACAUCUCCAAAACACGUCUCAGUAUCAGACAGAUACCGAUCUUUGUCACUGAACGCAUGCUUAGACGGCUAGCGGCUCAUGCAGUGAAGAUGUUCAACAAGGAAGUGAAGGGUGGGGAGAGAAAAGGGCUGACGGAGGAUGAAUUGACUGUCGAACCAGAGGCUGAGGCGGAGGGCGACGCCGACAUUCAGGAAAAAAACGAUAAGGAGGGCAAGAAACGUAAAACGUUUGGUCGUAGUAAACCCAACCUCACCAAACAAGCCAAACUUGUCCGACAACAAGAACGCGUUGAUCCGAUUACAGGUAAAGGCCGAAGUAAAGGAUAUGGAUUCCUUGAGCUGAACACCCAUGCGGACGCUCUCCGUGUUUUACGUUGGGCGAAUAACAAUCCGAGUGUUGCCGAACUUUGGGAGGGAUGGUGGAAGGAGGAAUUAGUGGCAUUGUUGAAGGCGGAGAAAAGUAAACCUGAGAAUGAAAAGGAGGAGUCGAGGAUCAAGAGAGUCGAAGGGGAAAUCGAGAAACUUGAGAGUGCUGGUGGUGGUGGUACUGCGCUGAAGAAAAGCAGAGGCACGGUGAUAGUGGAGUUUUCGAUUGAGAAUGUACAGGUUGUGCAACGAAGAAGGGUCAUGCAGGAUGAACGGAGGAAGGUGGGCAGCGUUCCUAUGCUAUUUCGAACCCUGACGUUGAUUUGUGACUGUGCUCUUCAUUUCACAGGCUGA